AUGUCAGAACCAAACGCCUUUCCCUCCGUCGAAGAAACCACCAACCACCCUUCCUACAAAAACACAGUAUGGAAGCUUCAACCACACUCAUCCGGCCACCUCCCCAUCGCAAACAACCGCGGCGGCCCCUUCAACCUAUACUGGGAAGUCCACGGCUCCGGCCCAACCAAACUAGUCUUCAUAAUGGGCCUCGCCGGCACCCUCACGUCGUGGCAGAUACAAACCCACCACUUCGGCCACAUCCAGGGGGAUAAAUACUCCGUCCUUGUCUUCGACAACCGCGGCAUAGGGCGCUCUGACAAACCCCUCGCCAGGUACACGACCUCCGAGAUGGCGCGCGACACCAUCGAACUCGUCGACCACGUGGGCUGGACACACGACCGCCAACUCAACAUCAUGGGCAUAUCGCUCGGCGGGAUGAUCGCCCAGGAAAUAGCGUGCCUCAUCCCCCAGCGCAUACAGUCCCUCUCCCUGCUGUGCACGACGUCCUCCAUCGAAAGCGGCAAGACGCUCACUGAGUCCCUGAUCGACCGCAUCAAGAUGUUCCGUCCCAAGUCCGAAAGCCAAGCCAUUCAAGAUACAGCGCUGCAACUUUUCAACACAGACUUCCUCCUCGCAAAGGAUGGGUUUAUAGUGCCGUCAAAAGAUACGCCCAUGUGCGAGCCGGCUGAUACGGAGGACGGUGCGUAUCCCCAUUUUGACAGUAACUUUCAGAGGUUUCAGGCGCAGGAGCUGCAUAAGCGGAGGGGGCCGGGGUAUUUCACGAAGAAGGGCUUCUUUUGUCAGCUGGCUGCGGCGGCGGGGCAUAGUAAGUCGGCGGAGCGGCUGGGCAGGAUGGCGGACGAGGUCGGCAGGGAGAGGAUACUGGUGCUGCAUGGGACGAGGGAUGAGAUGAUUGUGGUGAGGAAUGGGGAGAAGUUGAUUAGGGCGGUUGAGCCGGGUGUGGGGAUGGUGGUGGAGGGGUUGGGACAUGCGCCUAUUUUCGAGAGGAGCGUCUGGUUUAAUGGGUUGAUGGAUGAGAGGUUUGGGGUGUGGUCGAAGUUGUGA